AGCAGCACAGCCAACACCCCUCCAUCCACGCACACACGCACACACAACGCUGAACAGCACAUCUGCAGCGUCUGCACAUCAUAACAGGCGGCAGCAUUUUCAGCGGAAAGCGUAGUGAAAGAAGAGAAGGUCACCGCUAGGUCUCCCCUCAUCUUGCGGUAGCAUAACGCAUCCACAUCGAAAACAUCGGCCAGUAGAAAGUGCACCUUCAGCAUCCGGCGUACCACCGUGUGCUUUGAACGACCGCGUCUCCAUCUUCCCCUUUAGCGUAUUGCUCGUCAAAGCAGCAGCAUCAACAACACAGUAGUAAAUUUCUUCCUUUCUUUAUUUUCCUCUCCUUUUUUUUAGCUGCUUCCAUCUCCGUUAGAAUCAUGGCAGACCUCAUCACCUCCGCGGCGGAGAGCGCCUCGAAGAGCCUGCGCCGUACCUACCGCCGACACCGCAGGGCCUGCCUGAUCGCCGCCAGUGCACUCGGCACGUACGCCACCGUGAAGACGGCGUGGUUAGUGUACGGUGUGUGGGCGACGGCGAGCACAAACAGGAUGUUCCGCAGCCUCGAGGUGGGCAUGGUGCACCUCUUCAUGCACCCUCGCUGGUCGCACGGGCCGAACCUCUUUCCCCACUGCGUGAAGGUGGAGUGCUUCCUGCGCUUGGCGAAGAUCCCGUACGUGGCGCACUUCACGAACGAGGUCAGCAUGUCGCCCAACGGCCGACUGCCCUUCAUCGUGCACAACGGCACCGUCUUGGCGGAUGGUGAGUUCAUCAUCCAGUACCUGACCGAGACCCUCGGCGUGCAGAUGAACAGCGGCCUCACCGCGCAGGACCACGCCCGCGGGCUGAUGGUGCGCCGCAUGGUGGAAACCUCCAUCAACUACGGACUGAACCGCACCACCUUCGUCGACUACCCGCGCUACAUGGCGGACAUGUUCUCGAAGGAGUACGCGCUGGAGCCGAUCAUGUCCAGCAUUCUCGUGCGAGGGAUGCGAAAUGCCACAAUUCGCGUGUUAAACGCCGUCGGCUACGGCACGCUGUCGCAGGGGCAGUACGAGGAGGAGUUCAUGCGCGAUGUGCAGUCGUUGGAGACGUUCCUGCAGGACAAGGAGUAUCUCUUCGGGUCGUCCCCGACGUCCUACGACUGCUCCGUCUACGCCUGGCUGCAGGUGGCACUGGAGUUUGGGCCGAACGGGAACGGGCUGACGUACCUCUAUAACAGCGCCCCGCUGCGCAGCUACGUGGAGCGCAUUUCCAAGCUAGCCUUCCCUGACUUCAGUGAACUGCGAACCGCAAAGGCGACGCAGCGCUACAUCACGGCCGCUUAA